AUGAUCAAGACAACCACCGAAACCAAGAUAACCGCUACCGCUAGCAGCAGCAGCAAUAAUCAAGAUAACAGCAAAAAACCACCAAUCAAACAAGGAGCUCAAAACAUUAGUCAGGGUUUCCCUACACCAUUUCCAGUGCCAACCUCUUUUGCUUCGGUGUACCACCAUCGUAAAUGGAUGCUUGAACAUAUGGCUGGCGCCUUUAGAGUAUUUGCUCGUAAAGGUUAUAACGAAGGUGGUGCGGGGCACAUCUCUUUGAGAGACCCAGAAGACCCAAACACUUUCUGGAUCAACCCUUUGAAUAUCCAUUUUGGAUUAUUGAAAGCAAGUGAUAUGGUCAGAGUCGAUGAAGAAGGAAAUGUUAUUGGUGGCAACCAAGUUGCCGUGAAUGCUGCUGGGUUCAAAAUUCAUUCGGCAUUACACAAAGCCCGGCCUGAUGUCAACGCUGCUUGUCAUACCCAUUCCAUUUAUGGUAAAGCUUGGUCAUGUUUUGGUAAACCCGUUGAAAUGUUGAACCAAGACUCUUGUACUUUCCAUGGCUGUCAAGCAGUUUACACCGAUUUCGGUGGGGUGGUGUUGGAAUCCGAAGAAGGUGAGAAAAUCGCCGAGGCGUUGGGUGAACAAAAUAAGGUGGUGAUUUUGCAAAACCAUGGGUUGUUGACCACCGGAGAAACUAUCGAUGAGGCCGCUUACAGAUUCACGUUGUUGGAAAACACUUGUCAUGCCCAACUCUUGGCGGAUUCUAACCUCAACUUCAAAAAGAAUUUUAUUGCUGAUGAACAAGCCGCUUACACUAGGGAGAUGGUUGGUGAUUCAGAAACUUUGUACGGUGAUUUCCAAAACGAUUAUUUGAUGGAAGUGAAAUUGUGUAAUGGCGAUUUCUUGUUCCCAGAAGACUAUGACCUUGAAACCAUCAAAUGA